UGACCCUUAACUUACUCGUAUUUUGUACCUAAAUGUUGUGUGUUUUUAACGGAAUCUUUACAAUGAACUGCCUUGGGUGCUCUUAGGGUGCGGUCCGCCACGCGCGAUGAGCUAACCCCAAUUGAUAAGAGCUUUGAAGCUUUGUUCUAAAUGCCCUUGCAAAGCACAGAUUAGGGAUUUUGCUUAGAAAUGUUUGUUAUGCCACUGAAUUUAUCAAUAUAAGUAGAACCUUUAUGUGUUCAUAUGGAGCGUCUUGAAAAUGCGCAAAAAAUGUAUAAACAAGGAGCUGAUAAUAAUAGAGGAAAUUUAUGUAUUGAUAGAAGUAGCAUAAACUAAAAUAAUAGAAAUUGUUAAUACACCAUAGAUUCAGGGUUACCAUUUGAGUAUUAGGUAGGCAAAUUGCUCAGUAAAUUAUGAUUCGAUAUAGGUGACAAGACAACAGACAGCACAUGUCAAAAGUACAAAAGAAACCCCAAAAAAAGGGAUAACAUAAAAAUACCACAAAAAAUAUCUACAAAACCAACUACACUACACUACAACAUACAGGAAGGAACACAGGAUGGACGAGGAGGAUUUCGAUUACCUGCCGCUAACAAACGCCAACACCUUGAGUGUACCGAAUGAGCCUGCCCUGCUGGCUGUGUAUGAACUGUACCGAUCGCCCUUGACCGCCAAUCAGCAUUUGCUUUCCGAGCGCAACCGGGAGACCUUUGCAGAGCUAUUAAAUGGCCCUGACCAAGUGCCCACUUUGGCGGAUCUGUGCGUCCGACAGUUGGCUAAGCGUGGGAAUGCCCACGUGCCCGCUGCCGUGCGCGAAGAUCCGCUGAAGAUGCGCAUAUUCUACGACUCUUUAGAUGUGGAACUGCCACUGCGAGAGUGCUAUUCCGUGGAGGAUGUGAGCUACUGGAGGCGCGUCGUAUUGGCCAAGUGUUCCGAGACUUGCCUAGUAUUGAAGGGAUUAAACGAUUACGACUGGCGGCCCAAGGGGCUGAGUCUAAAGUACGUGGAACUAGUUGAAGCCUGCCCAGCAGCGCUCUGGCCAGAGCAAGAGAUGUCCGAGUUGGCAGAGCUGAUUUAUGAGCAUGUGCGCUCCAUCGACAUUCGGCACCUACAAUCACUGACGGAGUAUUCAUUCCGGAAAGCGGGACGAGAAGAAGAUGACUCGGAACCGGAAAUCAGCUCCGAAGAGUCUGAGGGCAUAGAAAUUUCCAGCGAUGAGCCAAUGACCCCAGAAGAUGGUGACGAGGAGGGGGAAGAGGAGGAAUCGACGUCAUCGCGUUCUGAGCCCAAUAAGGCUAUUGGAUUCAAAACAAAUUUUAGCCUUAACUUCUCGGACGAGGAAGAAGGCUCCGACAAUGAGAGGCGAAAGCGCCGGCAAGAGCGAAACGCCGCCCGCCAGCGGUUGCGAGAUCUAAAGGCCGCCAAGGAAGCGGAACGCGCAGAGCGCAAGCUUCGGAUCUCUGAGAUGCGGAAGCGUAAGAUACCGGAGAAGACCAAGAAAAAAAAACGGAAGCAGCGUAUCCAAGGCGCCUUUGACAUCCAAGUCGAGCCGGAACCUGAAGAUGGGGAGAUCAAGAAGAUGGACAGGAGAAAUAAGCUAAAGUAUCUUAAGCACCUCCAGAAUAUGAAUUAUCCGGAGGAUGACUGUCACCACAUUGAUCUUAGCUUUGUUCGCCAUUUCGUCAACCUGGUAUCGCUAAACCUGGAGUUUCUAGGUCCAGCGUUGGGUAGGGAGUACCACAAGCGGCACUCGUUUUUCUCGGUCAAAGACAUAAACCGCCUGGCCCGGGGACUAGCAUCGUUGCAGCAGCUGCAGAUCUUCCGACUUCGAAACAGUCGGCUGAGCAGCAUAAAACUUUAUACACUGGUCCGGGCGCUGCGCCUGUUGCCCUUGCUAGAGGUGGUGGAUUUUGGCUACAACCAGAUGACUGACGAUUGCGGUCCCGAGCUGGGAAGCCUACUGGACCGGCCACACAUGCUGAAGUCUCUUGAGCUGGAAUACAAUCGCCUGGACACACGGGCCAUGACAGCCAUAGGAGCUGCAUUGCAGAAACCGAGCCUCGCUAAGCUAGAUUAUCUGGGAUUGGCUCACAACAAGAUGAGCGGCGAUGCUUUAAGCAUUCUCUGCAACCGUCUCAUAGGCACCGAGCACGUGCAGGAACUUAAUAUUUCCGGGAUUGAUGCGAAUCCUCGGACAGUUGCGGACGAUAUCAGCGUUCUGCUGCGUGGGCACGAUCCUCUGCGCAGGUUAAUAAUGGCGGCAAUUCCAUUGGGUCCAAAAUUAGGCAUCACGUUGAUUUGUGCUCUUAACGCUAACACAAAUAUUUCCUACUUCGAUUGUAGGGACUGCGACCUUAAUGAGGAAGAAGAGUUGGAGGCAGACCUGAUAGUCAGGCGGAACGUCUUUGUUGAAGAAACUAGCUUUGUCUGCGAUACGGAACGUUUCCCAAGUGUACUCGAUGUGUUUGAGUUUGCCAAGACGAUGAGGCAUCCGAUAACGCAGAAGAUCCUUGAUGACAUGGCGAAAAGGAAAGAGUGCUUGCUGAACUAUCCGCCCCCAACGCCAAGUGUCCAAAGCUUUGUACAACAGUCGCUGGUGACAGAGGAGUCGGAGUACGAUAUUUGGAAGGUGCUUGGGAUCACUCCAAAAGCAGACAAAGAAAUAAUUCCAACCGAGGAACUACCAAAACAAAUGAGUUCAACUUCUGUAAAUAACAAGGAACCUUUUAUAUACGAACCCAACGACUUCGACCUUGAGCAGUUCCGAGAGCAUGUCUUUCUGCCCGGGACGCCAAGUAGGUACUCCUACUUCUUGAAACAAAGGGACAGUAAAUAGGCUAUGAUCUGGAAACCCAUUAUGUUACUCAAAAUUAAAUGUUUUUAGAACUCAAAAAGUUGAAUUUGUAUAUUUGAUGUGAGAAUAAAUGUAGAAUUUUAGGUA